GUUAGCUUCUGUAUUGAUUUCUUAUCUAGGGAUCAUUCUUGAAACCACUAACCAUUUGCAGCCAGCUUACCAGGUCCUCUGCAGGUCGUUUGUUUCCCAGCGCUUAAGCUGCAUGUGAGUGGAGCAGCAAUGAGAGCCAGUCUGAAGGACUUGGAAAAUGCAGUGAAUCAGGUGAAACUCCUAAAGAAGGAUCCAGGAAAUGAAGUGAAGCUGAAACUCUAUGCACUGUAUAAGCAGGCCACUGAAGGACCUUGUAAUAUGCCCAAACCGGGUGUCUUUGACUUGAUCAAUAAAGCCAAAUGGGAAGCAUGGAAUGCUCUUGGUAGCCUGCCUGAGGAAACUGCCAGGCAGAACUAUGUGGAUUUGGUGUCCAGUUUGAGCUCUUCAUCUGAAUCCUCUAGCCAGGUGAAGCCUGGAGCAGACAAGGAACACGCGGGAUAUGGAACCCUGGUGGUGACCUCUGAAGAUGGCAUUACAAAGAUCAUGUUGAACCGGCCCACCCGAAAGAACGCAAUCAGCACUCAGAUGUAUCAAGAAAUCAUACUUGCACUUAAAGCUGCAAGCCAGGAUGACUCAGCCAUAACUGUUCUAACGGGAAAUGGUGACUUUUACUGUAGUGGGAAUGACUUGACCAACGUCACUGAUACUCCCCUUGGUGGAAUAGAGGAGAAAGCUAAAAAUAGUACCAAUUUACUAAGGGAUUUUGUAGCCUCUUUUAUAGAUUUUCCUAAGCCUCUGAUUGCAGUGGUAAAUGGUCCAGCUGUGGGAAUCGCUGUCACCCUUCUUGGGCUAUUCGAUAUCGUGUAUGCCUCCGACAGGGCAACAUUUCAUACCCCAUUUAGUCACCUAGGCUUAAGUCCAGAAGGAUGUUCCUCUUACACUUUUCCGAAGAUAAUGGGCCCAACCAAGGCAACAGAGAUGCUGACUUUUGGAAAGAAGUUGACCGCAAGAGAAGCAUGUGCUCAAGGACUUGUCACUGAAGUUUUUCCUGAUGCCACUUUUCAGAAAGAAGUUUGGACCAGGCUGACAGCAUAUGCAAAGCUCCCCUCAAAUGUCUUGAGAAUUUCAAAACAGGUUAUCAGAAAUAGGGAGAAAGAAAAGCUACAUUCUGUUAAUGUUGAAGAAAGCAGCAUCAUCCAAGGAAGAUUUCUGUCAGAGGAAUCCAUGAAUGCGGUCAUGAACUUCUUAUCCAAAAGAGCAAAACUGUGAUGACUAUAGCAGCAAAGUGAAGCAUUGCAAAGGAAAAGGUGUGCUCUUACUUCUGAUUUCCAACACCUGACCUAAAUAUACUUCACUGUGCCUUUUUUCAGUGAUAAAAUAUCGUUUAUGAUGAUUAUAUCUCACUAGAGUCCUGAUGAAAAACAAAUUAUGUAAAACA